AUGUCAUCCAUACGACCAGAACUAAAAUCAGUGGAAUUUUACCCUCCAGAUAUAAAUAGCAAAGGUAGUAUUUUAAAAAACAAACCUAUGGAAUCUCUAAACAACAUGAGAGAUGUUGAAAGUAUAAAAAAAAUAAGUUACAUAAGCACCGGCGGAAAUAAUAACCAACUAUAUGAAAAUGGAAUGUUUUUUAAUGAAGGAAAAAGAGAAUAUAUGCCUAAUAAUGAAAACAUUUCUCCCAUAUAUGAAAAUAAUAAUAUGGAAAAUAAUGUAAAUAUGAAUGUAAACGUUAAUGUUAAUGGUAGUAGUGUGUUUAGGCCCGUUGACCGGGUACAAACCAUACAAGAGAAAAAAAGUUCUUACGGAAAUAAUAUGUUCGACUAUAAUUAUUUGAGGGAAUAUAACUUGAAUAAUAAUAUGAACAACAACAUGAUCGAAUAUAACAUGAACAAUAACAUGAACAAUAACAUGAACAACAACAUGAUCGAAUAUAACAUGAACAAUAACAUGAACAAUAAUAUGAUCGAAUAUAACAUGAACAACAACAUGAUCGAAUAUAACAUGAACAAUAACAUGAUGGAAUAUAAUUUGAACAAUAACAUGAUGGAAUAUAAUUUGAACAAUAACAUGAUAAAUAAUGAUAGACAUUUUUCUGAGAUAACCACCGAUAAAAAUAUCUAUCCUGUAAAUAGCGUGGUUAACGAUGAAGGAAGUUAUGGUUAUGUAGAUCCGUUGGAAAAUUUGUUUAAUACAAAUAAAUUUAAAAUAAAAAAAAUAAAAGACACUAGCAGCAUUAGUAAUGAUUAUAAUAAUAAAAAGAAUUUAACUAACAUUUUGCCUUUUGAAAAGAUUGUAGAGCAGUGUGAUAUUAAUAAUGUUAUAUCAAAUAAAUUCGUUCAAGAUUUAUAUAAUCAUCAAAAUGUUUAUGAUGAAAAUAAUGUGGUUAUGAAAGGCUUUAAAAAAGGAGAAUAUAUGGAUGGUAUAUCAUCAGUUCCUUUUUUAAGUGAUGGGAAAAGUAUAGUAUAUAAUAAAAUGAAAGAAAAUGAUGAGCAUCUUGAGGAGGAUAAUUAUCAUCUUCAAGAUAAAGCUUAUAUGACUUCAAGGCAUUCUAGUGUUAAGAGAAGUUCAGUGAAAUCGAAUAAAUUUGACAUAGAUAAUAAACAGAAGAGUGAUGAUAACCAAAAUAAUAUGGUUGGUAAAGAUAUUGAUAACCACCAAGGUAACGAACAUUUCAACAUGAAUAAUAUUGAAAGUAAGAACAAUAUUGAUGGUAUUCGUAAUAUGAACCAUUUCAAGAGUGUGAUUCCUUCAGAUAUGACAACAAAUAAUAUUCCCAUGCAAGAUAUUAGAAAUAGUUACUAUGAAAAUAAAAAGAUAAAUGAUAAUGUGAAUAAUGUGAAUGAUGAUCAUCAAAAUGUAGUGGAAAAUACUGAAGGAGAUAAAGAUAAUAAUUUAUUUGAGGUAUAUGAUUAUAAUAAAAAUAAAAAAGUUGUAUAUUAUUCUGUUAAAAAUCAUUAUGAUCCCUAUAAAGAAAUGUGUAAAAAAGAAAAAGAAAAUUAUUCAAUAUACGAUAAUAAAAUAUAUGAAAAUGAUAUAUAUGAUUAUUUAUUACAUCAAUAUGAACAAAAUUAUGAAAAUAUGUUUGAUCAACGUAAUUCUAAUAAUAGUAAUUUAACAAAUGAUAGAAAGGAUAUUUUUUAUAAUCGUAUGAAUUUAAUGUAUGGAGACAAUCAUUUGGGAGAUUAUAACUACAAAAAGGAUAUGGUGAGAAAUUCUUAUAAUAAUAAUAAUAAUAAUAAUAUUGAUGUUAAUAGAUAUAAUAGUAAGGAUGGUACGAGAUGUCGAGCAGGGACUCUUAAUCAAAAUGGUAUUCAUACAAAUAAGGAAAAUGAAUAUAAUAAUAUACCAAGAUAUACAAAUUACAAAAGAGAAACAGAAUUAUAUGAUAAAAUUUUAUACGAUUAUAAAUUAAAUCAACAUAAAUAUCCAUCUUAUUUUCAAAAAAAUAUAAAUGAUAAAACUUGUGAUCAUGUACAUGAUAAAAAUAGGAAUAGCAACAUAUCAAAUUUAUAUAAGAGGAACACAAAAAUUUGUAAUUUGUAUAAUGAUGAUUUAUUAGAUAUAUAUAAAUAUACUACUGAUAUAUAUACACCUAAACCAAAGUUAUUUGUAUAUUCUUUAAAAAAUAAUUUAAAUACAAACCAUGAAAUUCAUAAGAAUGAUACAAAAACAGGAAAACAAAACGAUACAAAUAACGUGUAUGAUAAAGAAAACUUAAAUAAUGAUCUUUUAAAUAAUAAAUAUAAUACUUUAAAAAUUAAUAAAGAAUUUAAAAAGAUAUUUAAAAAAUUAAAAUAUAAAAAUACUGUAGUUAUUAGUAAUAUAGGGAAAAAAUGUGGCUCUUCUACCUUUUCAAAUUAUAUUAUUAAUGAUAAUGAAAUUAAUAAAUUUACAAAUGAAAUCAGUACAGAAGAAAAUUGUAUAUAUGCAUAUAUUACAAGGAAUCAAAAUAAAAUUAAUUAUCUUUAUUUAGAUUAUGAAAAGAUUACUUCCGAACAAGGUGCAUAUUCUAAUGAAAAGCAAGGCUUACAAAAUAAUAUAAAUAAAUUUAUAACGCUUUCCUUCUAUUUUUCGAAUAUAGUAAUUUUACAUAUAAGUAAAGAAAAUUGCUUAGAUAUGUUUUAUGUCUUGGCUUCUUAUUAUGAUAUAAUAAAAAACAUUAGAGAAAAUCUGAGAAAGAGAAGAAAGAAAUAUGAGCACCUGCAAAGUGGUAAGAAUGAAGGUGAUCAAUUUGAUUUGAAGAAUAUGAAAAAUGUACUUUCUCCUAAGGACAAUCACAAAAGUGAAGAUAAUCACAAGGGUAUAAAUAAUCACAAGGGUAUAAAUAAUCACAAGAGUAUAAGUAAUCAUAAGAGUAUAAGUAAUCACAAGAGUAUAAGUAAUCACAAGAGUAUAAGUAAUCAUAAGAGUAUAAGUAAUCACAAGGGUAAAAAUAAUCACAAGAGUAAAGAUAAUCACAAGAGUAAAAAUAAUCACAAAAGUAAAGAUAAUCACAAAAGUAAAGAUAAUCACGAUAGUGAUAAAAAUGAGGAAGACAUAGAAAAUGAUGAAGAUACAUUACAUAUAAUUGAUGGCGAAACAAAUACAAAUUUGUCAUCAGAUGUAAGCGAAGACGAUUCCUCUAAUACAGAUAGCGAAGACGAUUCCUCUAAUACAGAUAGCGAAGACUCUGGUAAAGACAAUUUUGAUGAGAAUAAUUUUUCUCUACCAUAUUUUAUAUUUGUCUUAAGAGAUGUAAAUAAGGAAGAGUUUUCCAAAAUGAACUUACAAAAUGAUAGUUUGUUUAAUGAGGAAGAUUCAAAUAUGAAUGGAAAUGUUAAUGGAAAUAUGAAUGGAAAUGUUAAUGGAAAUAUGAAUGGAAAUGUCAAUGGAAAUGUUAAUGGAAAUAUGAAUGGAAAUAUGAAUGGAAAUAUGAAUGGAAAUGUUAAUGGAAAUAUGAAUGGAAAUAUGAAUGGAAAUAUGAAUGGAAAUAUGAAUGGAAAUGUUAAUGGAAAUGUUAAUGGAAAUGUUAAUGGAAAUGUUAAUGGAAAUGUUAAUGGAAAUGUUAAUGGAAAUGUUAAUGGAAAUAUUAAUGAGAAUAUGAAUAAUCUUUUUAAUGACUGUAUGUAUUAUAAUCAACAUUCUAACAACGAACAUGACAAUAAUGUUAAUGGUAAUAAUAAUAUUAAUAGUAACAAUAAUAAUAAUAAUGGUAACAAUUUUCAUUAUAGUUAUGAUAAUUAUUCAUAUGAUUCCUUAGCUAGACAAUAUUUAGAUUCACUAAUAAACAUGAUAAAUGACGAUGUAACACAGAAAAAGGUUCAAUGUAUGUUAAAAUUAUUAACAAGAAAAAACAUAUUCAUGUUACCAUCAUUAUAUACAAACGAUAACGAUUAUAUUAUAAAUGAAGAAUAUAUGAAGGAAUUAAGUAAAAUAAAAAAAGAGUUAUAUAUCCAAGGGAAAACAAUAGAUAAUAUGUAUAAAAAUAAUGGUACGUAUAUAUAUAAAUAUAUAAGUAUGUUAUUAUAUACAACUAAUAAUGAUAUUUUUUAUACACCAAAACAAUUACAAAAAAAAAUAGAAAAUUUUGAAUGUAAAAUGUUAUAUAAUGUUCUUAUAGAUAAUUUCUUACUUCAUAUAAGAAAAAAAAUUGAAAAAAAAUUACCCAUGAAACCUAAUAUGUUUUUAACAUUAAUCAAUGAUUUAAAGAUAGAGUUUAUUUUAACUUUUGAAAAAUUUGCUAUUGGAAAUAUAAAAAUUAAAAAAAAAUAUAAAAACCAAUUAUAUUCUGAUAUGGAUGUUAUAAUAUUAAAAGCUUAUAAAGAAAAUAUAGCAUUCAGUUGUUUUAGUUUUUAUAAUAUUAUUGAUCAAAGAAUAAACACUUUACAAAUUUAUGAGAAGAUUAAUAAUUUUAAGUAUGAAAACUUUAGUCAGCUACAAAUCGAUCUAGAUCUUAUUAAUGACGAGAAAGUAGAUAAUCUUAUAUAUAAUGAAAUCUUAGGUAUAAAAAAGGAAGAAAUAUUUACACACUUCAUCAAUGUUUAUCAUGAUAAUGAAAAAGAAACAACUGAUCUGUUUUAUAAUACGGACUUAGCGGAUAACAAGCAAAAAAAAUCGUAUGCUCUACCAAAAGAAAAAAAAAGCCUAACACAUGCAAAUAGUAGAACACAUGAAAAUAAUGAUAAUAAUAAAUAUAAUAAUAACAAUAGUAAUAAUAAUGAUACAUCUGAUACAUUAAGCGACACGGAUAAUAAUAAAAAGUAUGAAUACCAAAAAAGUAAAAAAAUCUCGUCGACAUAUUUAGGAAUAGACAAAAACAAUAAUAAUAAUAAUAACAAUAAUAAUAAUAAUAAUCUUAAUAAUUAUGGUAAUCCAUUGUUAUAUGGAAACAGUAUGAAAAAAAGCAAAACUAAAUACGAAGGGAAAUUUGUAAAAUAUGAAGAUACCAUAAAUCAAGAUAAAGAUACUGAUGAUAUUUCCUUUAAAGAGUUCGAACAAAGUAAUGAGAAGAAAAGUUCGAAAAUAAAUACAUAUAAUAAUAAUUCUUAUAGAAGAAAAAGUACAAAUGAAAUGUAUGUCAAUGCUGAUGAUUCUUAUUUUUAUCAAACCAAAACAAAAUUACCAAGUAAGAGUAAUUAUAUUAAUAAUAAUAAUAAUAAUAAUAAUAAUAAUAAUAAUAAUAAUUAUAAUAAUAAUAAUAAUAUCAACAGAUCAAUGAGCUCAUCCAAAAAACAAUACCAUAAAUUUAAAUCUGAUCUAGGUUUAAUAUAUGCAAGGAAAAAAAAAGUACACAAAUAUAAUCAUGUACCCAAAAAAUAUUAUAGUGUAGAUUAUUCUAACGAAAAUAAUGAAUAUAUACAUAAAAAUUCGGUACUAUAUGAAAAUGUGAAUAGUUCAGAAUUAUUCCCAGAAGAAGGUGUAGAUAUAUACACAGAUGAUGAUAAUAUACAAGAUGAAUACGAUCAAGAAGUAAAUUACAACGCCCUACAACAAAAUAAUAAAUAUCUAUCAUCAAAUAGUAGAUUAUAUAGUAAAAAUGAUAAAUUAGGAAAUCAUUCCAAAUCGAAUAUCUCUAGAAACAUAAGUAAUUCUGAUAUGGAAAUGGUAAAUUUGAAAGAAAACGAUGAUGAUGAAGAAGUAGAAGAAAAUGAUGAAGAUGAUGAUGAUGAUAAUAAUAAUAAAAUUGCUUUUAUUAAAAAAAAAGUCUCUAGUAAUUUAUCUAAUAUAAAAGAUAAAUUAACCUUUCAUGAAAAAAAUUAUUCCGAAAGUAAAAAAUCGAGUCAAACCAUCUCAAGGAAGAAAACAAGGAUGAGUUGUCUACCAAAAAAAAAAAGUUCAAAAUGA